AUGCUACCUCGACCGCGCCUACGACUGGGAAAUCUACCCACGCUCCUCAGAAUUCAACAUGUCUCCCGCCGAACGCUCGUCGCCGCACCCCGCCCCGGCUCCGGCCCACUAAUGGAACGCCGCGCCGACCGCGACCUCCCCUCCAUCUCCACCAGCACCCGUAACGGCUGGAUACGCACCAUUCCUCUCUUCGCCGUCAUCGUCGUCGGCUCCGCACUCGCCAUCUUCAACUACCAGAAAACAUCCUCCUCUGUCGUCAGCAGCACGCUCUACGCUGUGCGCACGAAUCCCGAAGCACGAGCAAUUCUGGGCGACGAGAUUUACUUCGCCAGCCAGAUCCCGUGGAUAAGAGGCGAAUUGAAUCAAAUGCAGGGGAGGAUCGAUAUUAGUUUCUGGGUCAAGGGGACGAAGGGGCAGGGAAAGAUGAGGUUUAAGAGUAUGAGGAAGACGCGGAUGGGGAUAUUCGAGACGCUCGAGUGGAGCCUGGAGCCUGAGGGCGGUCAAAAGAUUUCGCUGUUGGACAAUGAAGGCAGAGAUCCGUUCCAGAGGAUCGUGGAGGAAUAGGGCAUGACAACAUGUGAAACUACAGUCGGAGCGAAAAAGCGCAUGCGGACAUAGCAUGACCAGCAACAUCCCAGACGAUCC